GACGUGUUGAUCAAGCGCCACAGCGAUGAACAUUGGUAGCUUGCGGGGGCAGCCGUGGUGCCAGUUGAAGGAGAGCGGCCACGAGAGUCUCAUCGGACCGGGACGCUGUGCUGUGCUUCUUGACGCCGUCGGACUGAGAGUCGAGGCGACGCGACUGCGCCUCAACUUUCCCACCACGCUGACCAUCGACCCUCAUCAGUACCGCAAUGGCGGCUACUUCGACGGCGUCAACAGCCAUGGCGACGGCCGGUAGCUCACUUUCGGCGUCUUCGUCGAAUCUUGUCCCAUUUGAGAAGCUACCACCGCCCUUCACCGAGGCAUCCAGCUCAGCAUCAUCCUCGUCGUCUCUCCUCACGCAACCUACAUCGGUUAGCAAGCUCACAACAACGGAUCGCCUCCUCCUCGCUCAGAUCGUCAACCACCUUGCUGAGACGCCACCGAACUGGCCGAAUGUUUCUCAGAUGAUGACCAACCACCCGCUCAUCAAGACGCCAGCACGAGUCAAGGCGGCCGCGGAUGCAGGCUUCACGCUCGGACGCCUCUUUGGCAGUCGCGAGUGCGAGAGGUCAUGGGUCCAAUUGAUGAGGCAGUACAAGCUGGUCGUCGACGACGAGGAUGGACAGAACGAUGGAGCAGACGGUUCGAAUGCAGCCAGUUCCUCAGCCUCAGCUUCGGCGGCCAUGAAGCAGCGCCCUAAGGAGGCAAAGGGUGCCGUCCCUCGUACCGACCGCAAGAGUCAGCUCGCUCUUGCUCAGAUACUCUACGCAGAGAGAAUGGAAGAGCUCAAGGAAGGUCUCAAGAAGAAGGAGGAACAGUUCUUGCAGGUCAUCAAGAAUAUCGACGACUAUAAGAGUGGCAAGAUGGAUGCAGAGCUGCAGAAGGAGAUCGAUAGCGGUAAGGCGACGUUGAGGGCGCCGAGCAAGACGAAGGAGGGUCCCAAGGAAACAGUCGCCUCUGCACCUACGGGAAAUGGUGAAGAGACAAAAGAGAAGGCCAAAGACGAGUCGCUCGAAGAGAAGGAAGAUGCUGCUGCGGCGAGCGGCGAAACCAACGAAGAGGCAUCGACGUCCAAGGCCGCCGAAGCGCCACCCAUUUCACCGACGGCAACGCGUACGACGCGAGGACCAGCAGCGGCGAGCUCUUCCAGGCCAACAAGAGGUCGAAGCGCGGCCGCUCACGCCGAAGCCAACGCCGACGACAGCAUGGACGUCGAUGGCGUCGAGGAGGUGCUGGGCAAGGGCCAAAGGAAGGGACAGGUCGAGGAGCAGCGCAACUCCGAGGCCGCCGAGAAGGACGAUAAUGCCGAGCAAGCAGACAGUGGGGACAAAGCUGCAGCUGAGGAUGACGAGGCAGUCGAAGCCGGCAAAGCGAGUGUUGACAAGGAAUCUCAGCCUGCCGCAUCGCGCGCCUCAACUCCAGCACCAGCCAGCAAAGAAGCCAAAGCCUCUCCACGAGCCAGCCCGCGUUCCAGCCCCGCCACUGGGCGAAGGAGCAAGCGCAAGAGGGAGGAGUCUCCGGCGAAAGAGGGCAGGGAAACCACGCCGCAGACUGGUGAGCCAGCGGAAGCAGAGCGACCGGCCACGACGAAGAGGACCCGCUCAUCGACUAUCACUUCAGCGUCGCGCGGCGAAGGCGACGAGCAACCGCCAACGCCUACAGCCGCCACGCCUGCAGCCAGUAAGAGGGCUGCCGCUGCCGCAGCUUCUUCUCCUGCUGCCUCCGGUAGUGGCUCGAAAUCGACCCCUGUACCGCGUCGCGGCGGCCGCAGGGGAGCAGCAAAAGAGGAGGAGGAGGUAGGUGCAGAGGAUGAGGCUAUCAAGGACAAGGACGCAGCUCCCACAUCACCAGCCCUGUCCGCCUCCUCAUCUUCCCGACCAAAGGCGGCGCCCCGUCGCAGCACUCGAGGAGGGACACGAGCCAGCUCAGCCUACUCACGCGAGGCAUCCACCCUGGAUGAAGACGGCGACGUUCCCGCUCAAGAGCAGGAAGAAGAAGAAGAAGAGGAGACUCCUGCCCGUCCCUCCUCCUCCCGUCGAGCGAGCACGGUCGCUCAGCCGCCGGUCAAAGGAGGUCGUCGUGGCUCCACGACCGCUAUACCCGGCUCUAAACCAGUAGAUCCGGCAAAGAGACGUCUUCUGAACUCCAUCUUUACGCAAGUCUCCUCGCACCCACACGCGUCACUCUUUGAAAAGGAGCCCACGGACCGUGAGGCUCCCGACUAUCGUUCCCUUAUCCGCCAGCCCACAUCCCUCCGUGCGAUCAAGAUGGCCAUCCGCGAUGGUGAGGUCAGGACUGUGGUGGGUCUGAGAGCGAGACUGGAAAAGUUGUUCGCAAAUGCGAGCAUGUACAAUCCCAAGGGGAGCGAUGUUGCUAAGAUGGCGACUAGUAUGCGGAAAGAUGUCGAGCAGAUGUUGAGGGAGUGGGAUGAGGAUGUAGAUUUGAGGGAUGGGCUUGGUGGCUCGGGGGGUCGCGCGGGUGAGGAGGAGGAGAAGGAUGAUGAAGAGGGGGAUCACGAUGAGCAGGAGGAAGACAAGCCUGCCUCGAAGGGAUCGGAGAAGGGCAGCAAGCCAAACGCUACCACUAGGAGGAGGAGUGCCAUGGGAGCCAGUGGCGGUGCUGGAGCGAGCCGCUCCUCUCGCUCGAGGGGAUAAAGCAGUUUGCCUGGCCCAGGCGCAAGAUGGCUGGCACGGCGUCAAUCAUACCUUCAUAACUAGGAACCGCAGUGUGAGGGCAUCGCAGUGAAGAGUGAAUGGUAUUGUACAGGGAAAUGCAGGCACCCGGAAGAACGAAUGAUGAAAGG